AUGUCCGGGUCUCUGAGAUUCAUCGGGCUCGUGGGCGAGAACGGCGCGAAGAUCACCGCGUCGAAUUACGCAGGGCAGUCGAACCUGAACGAUUGCACCACGUUCCAGCUGGCGGCGUCGGACGUGGUCGUAUCCAACAUCAUAUUUGAAAACGCGCACGGACCGGGCAAGCAGGGCGGGGACGAAGACCAAGCCGUGGCCGUGAAAGUCAACGGCACCCGCGUUGCAUUCUACGGAUGCUCGUUCCUCGGUUAUCAGGACACCCUGUACGCGUUAUCGGGACUCCAGUACUACAAGAAUUGCGUCAUCCAGGGCCGCGUGGACUUCGUGUUCGGCAAUGCCAAGGCUCUGUUCCACGACUGCAAGUUUCAUCUCGUCUACUGGGGAGGCGGCUACUUCGCGCAAUCCCGCCAAAAGGGCGAGGAUACCGGCUUCGUUGUUCUCGGAGGUUCCCUCAGCCCGCUCGGCAAGGGCCCCAUCAAGCCCGGUUACCUGGCACGCUCCUGGGGAAAAUACUCCACCACGAUUUUCAUCAACACGUUUUUCGCAGCGGGGUCGGUUCGUCCGGAGGGGUGGGGUUACGUGGGUGGUAACAAGCGCAUGCACCAUGUUACUUUUGGCGCGUACGGGUGCUACGGGCCUGAUUACAACACCACGGGAUGGGACGACACCACAAUGAUUUUGACUGCGGCACAAGCAGCCCCGUAUUCCUCUAUCAGUUACGUGAACGACGGAGGAUGGAUCGCCGACCAGAACACGCUGGUGCGUGGUGUGGGAGGAAAGGUGAACAACAACAGCGUUGGCAAAGGAGGGAAGGGGGGUGCUGGUGGCGGCAAGGGCGCUGCUAAGAGAGCCGCUUCGGUCGCACCCACGCCGCCUCCACCCACUGCUGCUGACGCGGGAGGCAGCAAGAGCAAGAAGAGUCACCGGCACAACAAGAAUUAG